ACCCUUAGGUCUGGUCAAACGUGUAUUGGAGCAUUGGACCAGAAAUGAUGACAUGGGGUUUGUCAGCCAGAUAGCUAUGAACAUGUUCAAUGAUGGGACCAUGAACUGGGGCCGCAUUGCCAGCUUGAUAGCAUUUGGUGCUGCUUUGUGUCAGCGCUUCAAUGAGAUUGGCAAAGAGGACUGUGUGGCGCGAGUGGGAGAGGAAAUCUCCCUGUACCUGCUGACUGUCCACACGGACUGGCUGGUUAGAAACGACUCCUGGAACGGCUUUGUGGAGUUCUUUCGGGUCCCAGACCAGGAGUCUACUUUGACAAACAUACUCCUCACGGCUGCUGGAUUUGCUGGCAUUGGGGCUGCUCUGACCUUGUUGAUCAAUUGAACACCAUGCUUAUGCUCCGCGAUGAAAACGUUGACUAGUUAU